UCUUAAACCCUAAAACCUCUGUUCUUCCUUCACUUUGCCAUCGCACCUUCGAACAGAAAAAAAAAUGGCUAUUGCGUCCAUUAUCAGAAAAUCCGCCUCCUCUCUUUGCCCCUUAGCGGGUCGUCUCGUUCGCAGCCAACGAGUUUACAGUACUUCCAUCUUCAAUGCCUUGAACAAUCACUCGAAUUUCUAUUGCCCGCCGCCGUUGGGUACCACAUGUAGCUCUUUCCGAGAUUUUUCGUCAUCAAAGCGCCCAAGUUCUGACGAGGCUCUCAUACGGGUGAUUGAGUCUGAGGUCAAAUGCGCCUCGGAAACUGACGACCACGAUCGGGUCGAGGAAGUGCCCAAAGGAUUCCCAUUUGAGAUUCAAGAUAACCCUGGCUUGCAAACUAUUACUUUGAAGAGAUCAUAUCAAGAUGAAGUCAUUAAUGUUGAAGUUCACAUGCCUGAUCUGGUUACGGGUCGAACUAUUAACGCCAAUGACGAUGACGGUGACGAUGAUGGUGGUAAUAAGGGAAAUCAGUCUUGUAUCCCAUUGAUUGUUAGUGUCUCAAAGAAGAAUGGACCUUCCCUAGAGUUUAGUUGCAGCGCUUACCCUGAUGAGAUUUCCAUAGAGAGCUUGAUAGUUAAACAUCCAGAGCAUUCUGAGGAUCAAAUUGCUUAUGAAGGCCCUGAUUUUCAUGAUCUGGACGAGAACCUUCAGAAGGCCUUCCACAAGUAUCUGGAGAUUAGAGGUAUUAAACCGAGCACAACAAUCUUCUUGCAUGAGUACAUGAUCAACAAAGACAGCAAGGAGUUUUUGCUGUGGCUGACGAAACUCAAGAACUUUGUUGAAGCAUAAACUUCUAACCAUUGGAGUAGUUUCUUCCCCUCUUAGCUCUUCACUGUUUACACCUUUCAACUUCAUUUUCUCUAUACUUUCUGCCAGAAUGAACAUUUUUGUUGUAUCUUAUCUACGUUUUAUAGGAAAGCAAAUUAUUCUUAUGGUACAACAAGACAUUAUAGAGACAGAGUUAGAAAUACCUUGGUUUAGCAGUUCUUAUGAAUGUUUUAUAUUCUACAUUUUUCAAA